AUGAAGACAGGAGACGAGCCGUUGCCGUCUACUAAGCAGCCGUGGGGAGACAGUGAUACCAGUAACAUCACCAGCAAAACUGAACAAAAGCCCGAGGUGACAAGCGCGACUCCUGAAACAAUGGGCAGUCCCGUAACAAUUGAGACCACCGUAACAAUCGAGACUCCCGUCACGAUCCACGCCAACGGACUGAAAACUACAGACACUAACAGGGCCACACAAGCGAAAAAGAAAUAUAGGCUCAUAACAAUGUUUUAA